CGGUCUUGAGGCGCGCUUGUACCUGCGCAUGUGCGGACGUUCGUGUGCGCUUGCGCACUCAAGCAUUGUCGCCGAGGACGGCGGCUGCGCCAGUGGUCAGAGUGAUAUUGAAGCUCACAUCAAGCUCCUGAAACAACACCUCGGAUAUUGUUUUUACACUUUUAAGCUAUUUAAACAACACUACUUCCUGGGCGUUGGUGGUCUGUUAUUGGAGUGUGUUUCUGAUCAUCUGAAUCUCAACCAUGUUUUCAAACUGCUUGCAGAAUGUGCUAAAAAUUACAAACCCUCAUCUUCUAUAUUCAGGAUUCUUCCACCGAUUAAUAAGAAAUAAAAGGAGGUUUUUCGGAUCAGUGCCAGCAUCCAGAUUGCGCAGGCGGGUUGUCAUUACAGGCAUUGGCUUAGUGACCCCUCUUGGUGUUGGAACUCAACUGGUAUGGGAUCGUCUGAUCCGAGGAGAGAGUGGAAUUGUUUCACUGGUUGGCGAAGAAUAUAAGAGUAUCCCUUGCAGUGUUGCUGCUUAUGUGCCAAGAGGUUGUGAUGAAGGUCAGUUCAAUGAACAAAACUUUGUGUCCAAAUCAGAUAUCAAGACCAUGUCUUCGCCUACCAUUAUGGCCAUUGGGGCUGCAGAGUUAGCCAUGAAAGAUUCUGGCUGGAAUCCUCAGUCAGAAGCUGACCAAGUGAGUACUGGUGUUGCAAUUGGCAUGGGAAUGAUUCCUCUGGAAGUUGUUUCUGAAACUGCUUUGAUGUUUCAGACAAAAGGUUACAAUAAAGUCAGCCCAUUCUUCGUCCCCAAGAUUCUGGUCAAUAUGGCAGCAGGCCAGGUCAGCAUUCGAUAUAAACUCAGGGGCCCCAAUCAUGCAGUAUCUACAGCCUGUACCACAGGAGCUCAUGCUGUGGGAGACUCUUUUAGAUUCAUUGCCCAUGGCGACGCUGAUGUGAUGGUGGCUGGAGGUACAGAUUCUUGCAUUAGCCCUUUAUCUCUCGCUGGGUUUUCCAGAGCCCGUGCUCUGAGCACAAACUCUGAUCCUAAGGUGGCAUGUCGACCAUUUCACCCAAAGAGAGAUGGUUUUGUAAUGGGAGAAGGUGCAGCUGUUCUGGUGCUGGAAGAGCAGGAACAUGCUAUUCAACGAGGAGCGCGGAUCUACGCAGAAGUUUUGGGCUAUGGACUGUCAGGUGACGCUGGUCACAUAACCGCCCCUGACCCUGAAGGAGAAGGUGCCUUAAGAUGUAUGGCAGCUGCUAUAAAGAAUGCAAAUAUACAGCCCGAAGAGAUAUCCUAUGUCAACGCGCAUGCUACCUCCACACCGUUAGGAGAUGCUGCUGAAAACAAAGCCAUCAAACACCUUUUCAAAGACCAUGCCCAUGCCCUUGCCAUUUCCUCAACCAAGGGAGCCACAGGACAUCUGCUGGGAGCGGCAGGGGCAGUUGAGACAGCGUUUACUGCCCUGGCUUGUUAUUAUGGAAAACUACCACCUACUUUAAACCUGGACUGUACAGAUGCGGGAUUUGAUCUCAAUUACGUUCCACUAAAGGCACAGGAAUGGAAAACUGAGAAAAGACGUAUUGGACUCACCAAUUCAUUUGGUUUUGGUGGUACUAAUGCAACACUGUGUAUUGCUGGCAUGUAAGACAAAUCAUUUGUAAUUAAGCAAUGAUUUUUAAUGUUAUAUAUAAACUAUAUGAAGUGAAGAAAUCCUAUGUUUAUGUAAAUGCAUAUACUUACAUGUCUUCACCCAGAUACCCUUUAUCUGUGUCAGGGUUUCUCAGUCUUGGCACUGCUGAUGUAAUUCUUUGCUGGGGAAAGGAGGGUUGUCCUCUACAUUGUAGGAUACUCUCUGUGCACUGGAUUGCAAUAGCAACCCCUUCCUCGGUUGUGACAACCAAAAAUGUCUCUGGACAUUGCCAGAUGUUUUCUGGGGUACAGAACAGCCUCCAUGUGAAAAGCACUGAUCUGUGUUCUUCUGACAUUCUAGAUCAAACACUCUUUGUGACAUUUCACCUGCUCUUGUCUCUUAAACAUUUGGUGAGUAGCCGCUUUGUGCAUGGUACAACUGCAGGCAUACCAUUCCAUACAAUACAUAGGACAGGAAUACAAGUAUAACGAAGUUGGUAUCAUUGAUCCACAUUCUUCGAGUAAAGCAGUCAGCCAGCAAUGAUCUGCCGUAUUUUACGAAUCAUAAGACACACCUAGGUUUUAGAGGAGGAAAACAGGAAAAAAAAUUUGAAGCAAAAAAUGUAAAAUAUUUAAUAACUAUUUCACCAGUGUAAAUGUAAACAGAACUCAACAGCAGCAUUAACAACCAUUAUUCCUCCCAAAUUGGGGGGAGGGGGUAGCGUGUCUUAUAGUCUGAAAAAUGUGUUAUUUACCCCUUAGUUAUCUAGCUCUCUUCAUAUUAUCUAUGCUAAGAUUCAGUAAAUUAGUGGAAUUUUCCUAAAUUCCCAAACCAUCAGUUCUCUGAAAGAAGGAAGUAAAAUUAGUUUGGCAUUUCUUCCUCUUUCUGUACUGAUGGCAGUACCUAGUGAUUAACGGAGAUAAGGGUCCUUAGGAAGUGGAUCAGAACUUGGUGAUCCAAGCCACGUCACCUUGGCCCACCUCUAACCUCACUGCAGCUACGAUAAUUCUUGUGUUUGCCCCCAACAUUUCACCAUGAGUGUCGGCAGUACUUCUCCUCCACCUUGAGGCUUUUUCUAAAGCCAGUGCAUUCCAUUCAUCUCCAUUGGCUGCAAGUGUUGGGAUGGGAAAGGGCACAAGUUCCCUAGAGGCAACUUCUGAGGGAUGGGAGUUGGUGAAUACGUGUCUCAGCCUCAUUCUGAAGGGUAUCUAAGAUUCUAUGCAAUUUCUCAAAGGGUUUUCAGUGAAAUAAAACUUUAGUAUUCACAGUAUUAACCAGCUCAACAAUACCCACCUUAAACUGGCUUUAUUUCCUUCCCUGUCCCCACUCCCUGAUUUUAAAUCGUGCUUCCAGGAUUCACAUUUCAGUCCAGUCACCUUGUCUUAGGGUCUGCUCUCUGGAGAGCUCAGACUAAGGGACUUCGUGGUGCAAUAGGUGUUUAUAUAUCAAAGGGAUAGAGUGAAUAAGUGGUUAAAUGGAAUGUGUAUUCCUGCAGAAGUGAAUAGAGUGUCCCACGUUUUAAUAGGCUGAAUAUAUUGCCUGUCCACUGACCUUGACCACAGCACUUAGUCCUUUUACAUCUAGGACUUCAGCCAUGUUCAUUCAACAAUCAGUUUGAGUCUUCAUUUUGCACAUGUUGAUUUGUUCAACUGAAAUUUGUUGGGUACUAACCCUGAAUCUGGUUUUGUCCUGGCCUCCAAUGAUAACGUGAUCUGUCAGGGGAGGUUUCCUAAAAGAAGCUGAGGCCACAAAGGUGAAUAGGUCUCAGCCAGGUUCAAGGGGAAGAGAAUCAAGGAAGGUAGAUUAUUCUGGCCAGGAGAAAUGUAGCAUGGAAAGGCUAGAAAAGUUAGAACAUUUAUACUAAAUAUAAAUGCAUAUAGCCUGUCAUGGCAGCAGUAGGAGACAGAGCCAGAAAAUCUGGUGGAAGUCAGGUCACAAAGAACCUUACAUGUUUUCUUAAGGCUGUAAGAGCAAUGGGAAGGUUUGGAGUGUUAUGAUGGUUUUGUACUGUGCCAUCUUGAACAGGCUGAACUACAUUUCCCAGAAUCCUUUUCACUUUAUUUCUUUCUUUCUUUUUGGUUAGAGGGUCCAGUGAGAGAUUUUGAAAGUGGAAGUGACGCUCCAGCCAUUUGGUAGUUCACACAGGUUGUGGCUUUGCUGGCACACCUUGAAGUGAGGCAGUGGCUGAGCCUGCAGCUGCUUCACCUUCCCCUGACCCUCAGUUUCCGUGACUCCUGGGCCACGUGUGUGUUUAGCUCCAUGAUAAUGAAGGGCCCUAGCUUCUCCCCCUGUACUGCAAAGAUCAGAAGCAGCAAGAACAGGUUUCAGUUUGUCAGUGGAACUUUACAUCCAUCUUCCCAGCUGCGUGCCCAGUGGGUUCAAACUAACUGCAGCGUCAGAAAAUCAUGGGUUUAAGUAAUUGCCCAAUUCACUAAAUGUUCACUUACUAGGCAAAUGCAAUCUUUUGAGACCCUGGGGUAUGCUGAGUAUCUUGUUGAUUUUCCUCUAGAGUUUCAAGUUUAGUUCAUUAAAAAUACUGAAAAUAUCAGUGAAAAAGAAAAGAAGAAAAUAAUAGGUUGACAUAACAGCCCUACAGAGGCUGUUUAACAAAUUCUUAUUAUUGUGUGAGGUCAAAUUCCUGUAACUAUCUCUCUAUAUUUAUAUCAACCUUAGUGGUUCUGUUUCUUUAAUUAACCCCUGACUGACUGAUACAUAUGAAGAAGAAUGAGAGUUCCUGGGAGUAAUGAUCGCAUGUUGUUUUAGAACCAUCACCCCAGCUGCAGAGUGAAGAAUAGAUUGGAAGGAAGCUUGCUUCCUAUAACGGGAUCCAGUCAGAAGGGUAUUGGAAAAUCCAGGUAAGAAAUGAUGGUAACCUGAAUAAUACAGGAUAUUUUGACCCAAGAUUCUUCUGCAGUUGAAAAUAGUGUGCUUUUUAAAAUCAGCUUUACUCCAGCAUCAUUUAUAUUCAACAAAAUGCACCCAUUUUAAGUGUAGAGUUAAGUGAGUUUUGAGAAAGGGGUACACACACUUGUGUAACUACUACCUCAAUGAAAACACAGACCAUUUUCAUCACUGCGGAAAUGUCCUGUGCCCUGUUUUGUCAGCCUCCCCAGUGCCAGACAGUCACUGAAGAGCUCUCGUUCACUAUAGAUAAGGUUUGCUGCUUCUGGGAUUUUAUGUAAAUGGAGUCACAGGGAACAUACUCAUUGAUGUCUGGUUUCUUUCAACUCAGUGGUUUUGAGACUUAUCCAUAUCAUUGAGUGUAUCAUAAUCAUUUCCUUUUUAUUGAUGAUUUUAAAAGAUUCUUUUAUGAAUAUAAGUAUUUUGAUUUUUACUUUCCCCCAAUCUGUACUGUUUAUUUUAUAAUAUUUUCCUUUCACUAUUAUUUUUAAGUAUGUAUUGCCUUUGAACAGAAGACAAGAGUUUAAAAAAUUUAUUUGGACUGUGAUAGCUUCUAAAGCAAAAAGAAUCCUAAAAAAAAAUCACAAAUAUAUAAGGGUACAAAUACACAGGGUGCAGCAAAAGUAGGUUUACAGUUGUUCAUAUGGAAAAUACUAUAAUAAAUAAUACAAGAAUAAACUUCUGUAUACUCACAACUGUAAACCUACUUUUGCCCCACACUAUCUAUCUAUAUGGUGUAAUGUUUAUAUGGACAUGUACAUAUGUGUAUGUUUGUAUAUGUAUAUAUUUAUAUAUACACAUGUUAUUGAGAAUACUAAAAGAACUGCUGGAAAUAUGAGAAUGAUUUCCUAGGGACUAGAGCUAAGAGUGUAUGAUAUUUUGGACCCAACUAUCCCCCCAGGAUGGGGUUGUAACUGGGUGGUCAGGCCAGAUUGCUGGGGAGUAGGGAAGGGGAUCUCCGAAUUAGUGGAAGAAGCUGUACUUCCCCAGAGAGACCCCUGAGGGGGUGAGCCAGAAAUUGCCGAGGGCUGCAGAUUAAAGCUGCAACCUGCCAGAGCCUGUGAUUUCCCAGAGAGGGGAGGGGCUGUGGGCCGAGGCUUAUGUCCAAGGCAACAACAGUAAACAGUAUUUGGUCCUAGCAGGCAAGCAACUCUUGUUCCAGUGGAGGAAGUUUGUUCUGAGGCUGUCUGGGACCUAAAAGGUCAAAACACACGUGUAUGGUGGUAGCCAGCAAGCCACAGCAGGGCGCGACACUCCGCACUGCGGUGAGACACAGUGCUCCUACGUGUUGCUGGAGACCUUGCCCCCUCGUGGAGCAUGGCAGCCAGAAAGAAGGGCAAAGACGAACAUGGCUGACGUUGGCCCACAUUGAUUGAAAGGCCAGACACUCCCUUGGUGCGGGGAGUUUGGGACGCUGGCUUUAAAAAUGGAAUGCAUACAGAAUCUGGCCCUCUAGUUCUUUUGGCUUUGCCCUCACCCCACCUGGAGUAGGGCAAGGGAGCACUUGAGGCUUAGUCCUUGCACACUCAGGAGCCAGCUCACAGAGGCAGAGUCCCACUCUGGGAUGUGCCUUGCUGGGCACCAGCUCUUGGGUUACAGCGACCCCAUGCAGCACAGUGCACGAGACCUGGACUUCUUCCAUUCUGUCACCCUGAGAGCAGCAUGUGGAGACAUGGGCCAGGAACAGCACCAGCCGUGGGGACAAGAGCAGCCUAGUGCUCCAGGACCCAGGGGACUGAGCCCCUGUGUGACCAGCUGCAGUGAUCUGGCAGGGGAUCCCAGACCCAGGGAGGGAGAGAAAGCUGCUGUGAGGUGAUGGUGGCGCUCCAACCCACAUGUGCACACCCCAGAAAGAGAGGCCUGAAAGAUGGAGACCGGUUUGUGUAGGAAUCUCAGGCUCCAAAAGGACAGAUAAGGAAUGAUAAGGAACUUCUGGGCGUGGAUUAGGGUUGGAUUUCAGUCUUUCUGGGAACAAGGGAAUUUCUGCACUUUGCAGAAGAGGAAGGCUUGGAGCAGGGAUGCUCCCAGCCCCCUCAAAUUGGGAACCCUGUUAAUAAAAAUCUCUUUCCUUCCCCACACAUCUUCAUGUUAUGCUAAUACACCGUGUCAGGCAGCAAGACCCCAGGCUGCCCCAUUAUAGGCUUACAGUUAAGGAAAAAAGAGAAAAGUUAAUAAAAGUAAUGAAUUAGCUUUUACAUGGAUUCAGGUCCUCUGAGAAGAAGGCAUCAAGAAAGUAUUCUCUGCAAGAAAUUUGUUGGUGGAAAGGCCUGUAGAGGGUAAAGAGUGGGAGAAGGCAGAGGGUGCCUUCAGACCGGAAUAAGAAUCUGAUACUUGUAAGGAGGGGGUGACAGGAAAGAGACAGGGUUGGGGAGAAGGCAGACUGAAGUGCCAUUUUAAGAAAGUUCUUGCCAGGCUCAUGGGGAGUUCUUGAUUUAAAAUCUCUUGUUAAAGGAAUUCCACAGCUCUCAGGAAUGGGCCUCAUUAGUAGCCCUACUGUGGUUGGUCACUGGCCGAGAACUGCCUGGGCACAGUGGGAGACCUGAACUGUGCAUUUUUCAUGGUCAUCUUUAUUAAACCACUUGAGGACACAAGUGAAGGCCCUGAGGGAGCUGAAUCCCAGCCUAGAGGACUUAAUAGAUCAGUGGAUUCCAUCAUAGGGCCUUUGGUGGAGAAGGUUGUUGCUUAUUUUGCAAAUCAUUAUCUUUAUCCGAGUUUUCUCUUGCAAGUAUCUAUAUUAUUGCUGUGAUAUCUGCCCCUAGUGCAUCCAUAUAGCCUCCAAAUGAGUCACGGCCAUGUUAAUGAAACCCCUUCUUGACCACUUAGGGCGCACCGGGAAAGAGGGGGCUUGCAACAUUGUAAGCUCCCAAGGACAUCGACUGUCAAUUGACCAGAAAGCUCCAUCCGAGCAAUUGGUGGCUCCUCACCCCCUCCCUCCUCCUUGGAAUGUAGACUUUGCUCACUGUUCCCACGGUGGGAGCCAUUUUCAAAGAUGCAGACUGGAGAGAGUACUGUGUUGUUGAGACCAUCUGGACUGAAUCCAAGACUGAACCCUGUUGAAGCCUCUAUAUAAACUUUUAAGAUUCUGGAAAGCAGGUGUAGAGAUCUUUUCAUCUUGUGGCCAGUGGAGACAAAUCUCAUAUGUAAGUUCCCUUGCUUGUUAAAACUUCCACCUACCAAUCUAGAGUGGUCUACCUCCUUCUCAGGUUUCUCCUUGCCCUCUGUGUACUGGGGCCAGUGUCAGAUGUCACCCUGGUGCCUCCCAAACUUUAGAGCCAAUACCCAGUGCUCUGUUGUAAUGGAUUCCAUGCCUGCAGGUUAGGUAUUCCAUAAACCUGCAGAGAGUGGCUCUGUGAGCAGGAAAGGCAAACCCACACCUGAUACAGGUAUCUAUACUUAUGAGGAUGUACCACUGGUACUUCUUUUUGAGCUAGAUUGGACUAGAUUCAGAGGCAAUCGUAGCUAGAUUGUACUGAGUAAAGGGAGGCAGCUGUAGCUAGAUCCACCUUGGUUAGUGGGAAUCCACAUCCUUGGGCCCAUAGGUAGUCUCCGUUUCUGCCACUGUCAGUACGUCAUUUAUGCAGUUCUGGGGUGGCCAAUGACCAAGGCUGGAUAAUGUUAGUUGGCAGGGUCAUUUUGUUAGUUGGUUGUUUGGUCUCUCUGCCAUAGUAGAUGUUUUCUGGUCCGUGUAAAUGUGUGAUACAAAGCAUUUACUCCUCAUGAAAUGUCUGUAUGUCCAUCUGCAUGUCUUUACUCCAGAUAUUUUUACCUCUAGCCUUCCAGUCUCAUUUUCCAGACCCCUGAUGAUUGAAGGCCAACCCUUUGACCAGUGCCCAGGAGGAAUCUUUAUGCAUUCUCACUUCUCGGGCUCCCUCUUCUGUACAAAGCAGGUGACCAGAUGCAUUGUGUGCAGCUCUGCCCAUGGCAAAGACUUUCCCUCACCAAUGCCUGUAAAGUCUACUCCUUGUUAAAAGGUAAGCUGAGGCAUAUUAAGAAUUUUAAGAGUUUCUUUGAGCAGUUAUUGUUUUGAAUUGGUCAGCCCCAAGCCACAGGUGGUAAGGAGCACUCCACCGACAGCAGCUCGGGGAGACACUUUCAUGGAGGAAGGUGGAAG